GAGAGCGCCGUGGCGGCUUGUGCUCGGCCGCCGGUUCCGGAGGAGGGCCGGACCCGGCUGGGUGGGUGGGAAGUGCGGCUGGUAAUCUGGCAGCCGCCGAGAGAGAGAAGAUUAUAAAUGCCAGAGCCAUUUAAAUGAUGGUUAGCUGUUGAAUUCUGACACUUCCUUAAAUACCUUCUUGCACCAACAUCUUCAGUGGGAAGAGUUCAGGAAGAGUAGCAGAGGGAAGGAGAGACAACAGUUACAUGUACCAUGGCUAUACCAAUAACAGUACUUGACUGUGAUCUCUUGCUAUAUGGCCGAGGUCACCGCACAUUGGACCGCUUUAAGCUGGAUGAUGUGACAGAUGAAUACUUGAUGUCCAUGUAUGGGUUUCCUCGACAGUUCAUUUAUUACUUGGUGGAGCUCUUGGGGGCCAGUCUUUCUAGACCUACUCAGAGAUCCAGGGCUAUUAGCCCAGAGACACAGAUCCUUGCAGCACUGGGCUUCUAUACCUCAGGUUCCUUCCAGACUCGGAUGGGGGAUGCUAUUGGAAUCAGUCAGGCAUCUAUGAGUCGAUGUGUUGCCAAUGUCACCGAAGCGCUUGUGGAAAGAGCUUCGCAGUUCAUCCGCUUUCCAGCUGAUGAAGCCUCCGUGCAGGCUCUGAAGGAUGAAUUCUAUGGGUUGGCAGGGAUGCCAGGGGUCAUAGGGGUGGUUGACUGUAUCCAUGUGGCAAUCAAGGCACCAAAUGCUGAAGACCUUUCCUAUGUGAACCGCAAAGGUCUUCAUUCUUUAAACUGCCUCAUGGUGUGUGACAUCAGAGGGGCACUGAUGACUGUGGAAACAAACUGGCCGGGGAGCCUCCAGGACUGUGCUGUGCUGCAGCAGUCUUCUCUCAGCAGUCAGUUCGAAGCUGGGAUGCACAAAGAGAGCUGGCUGCUUGGUGACAGUUCCUUCUUUCUCCGCACCUGGCUUAUGACCCCACUUCACAUUCCCGAAACUCCAGCCGAAUAUCGCUAUAAUAUGGCCCAUUCUGCAACUCACAGUGUGAUUGAGAAGACUUUCCGAACCCUCUGCUCCCGAUUCCGCUGCCUGGAUGGAUCCAAGGGGGCACUGCAGUACUCACCGGAGAAGUCCAGCCACAUCAUCUUGGCCUGCUGCGUCCUCCACAACAUCUCCCUGGAGCAUGGGUUGGAUGUCUGGUCCUCUCCAGGGACAGGACCCGUGGAACAGCCUCCUGAGGAAGAGUAUGAGCACAUGGAGUCCUUGGACCUAGAGGCUGACCGUAUCCGUCAGGAGUUGAUGCUCACUCACUUCAGCUAAUGUGGAAGGUGGGGAGCGGGGAGGCUUUCCAGAAGGAGCUGUGACAAACUUUCCCUCUCACCACCCCCUACACAGUUCCAUCAUCUAGCAUAACUGAGCGUGUGGACACUUGUCACAAACUGACAUUUAAUCUGCGUGUUUUAGAAAGGUUGAGGCUAGGCCAGAAUAUCUCGAUUUAUUUGCAAGUUUAUUAACUAAACCAAAACCUCCGAGACAACAGUUCUCUACUAUCCAUUGAACACCAGGUUAGCACCACUCACUCAUUUGAAAGUUCCUUGGUUGCAGACGUUUAUAUCGUGCUUACAAAAUCAAAGCAGUUAUCUAGAGAUUUCAAAAGAAAACAAUAUUUGUCCUGAAAUAUUUGGAUGGCAUUUUAGCUUUUCUACUUUACUACCUAUAUAGGCAUAAUCUGAGGCAAGUGUGAAGAGUAAAUUUCAGUUGGGAAAUGGUCUUCUGACAUCAAUAAACGGCUACUAAUGUGAUUUUUCAGCUUUGUGUUUUUAAGAGGAGGUUAAGGACAGUCCAAAACCUCCAUCUUAAUUCUGUCUGUAAUAACUGAGCUGUGACUUGGACCUAGUUCCCAGGGAGAACAUCUGGACUCCAAUCUCUUACUUCCAACCCUGAGUAGGAGCUAAAGGCUAAAUGGGUUUAAGAAUUCAAUCAGCUUAAAGAAGACAAGUCAAA